AUGUCGCAACUCAACAUCAUCAUCAUUGGCGCCGGCCUCAUCGGCCCCCGUCACGCACAAUCGGUGCUCAGCAACCCAUCCACGCAUCUAGUUGGGCUCAUUGACCCUGUUCCCUCAGCGUCCAGCGUCGCCCAAUCGCUCGGAACAAGCUACUACCCGAGCAUUGAGGCGUGUCUGCAAGCGACAUCCACCACGCCCGCGUCGGCUCCCCAUGCAGCCAUCAUCUGCACGCCCAACCACACGCACGUCACCGUAGCACGCCAACUCCUCGAGCAGAACAUCCACAUUCUCCUCGAGAAGCCCGUCAGCCACGACCUCUCCAGCGGGGCGUCGCUGCUUCGAUUCGCUCGCCAGCCCACAACCUCCCACCUGAAGAUCCUGGCGGGCCAUCACCGCCGCUUCAACCCCUAUAUCGCAGCCACCAAAGCUAUCAUCGACUCCGGGUCCCUAGGCCACAUCAUCGCUGUGAACGGCCUCUGGACACUCUUCAAGCCAGACGACUACUUCGCCGAUGGAGGGUCCUGGCGUCGCGACGCCUCCACCGGCGGCGUCCUAGCCAUCAACCUAGUCCACGACAUCGACUGUCUGCAUUACCUCUUCGGACCCGUGGUUCGGAUCCACGCCGAAAAGACGCUCCCUCAGCGCGCAAACCCCCCGCAUUCCGCAGACGAAGGCGCCGCCUUGACCCUGCGGUUCGCUAGCGGGGUGGUCGGCACGUUCCUCGUCUGCGAUGCCACGCCGUCUCCGCAUAGCUUUGAGGCCGGGACGGGCGAGAACCCCACCAUCCCGAGUGUCGAUGUUCCCGGAGGGAGCGACUUCUAUCGUAUCUUCGGGUCCGAGGCGUCGUUGAGCGUGCCGGAUAUGAUACGGUGGAGUUACGACGGGCGGGCGUCGAAGAGCUGGAACGAGGAGUUGGUGGUCAAGAAGUUGGAUGUGGCAGAUGAGGAGGCCAAGCCGUUUGAUCUCCAGUUACAGCAUUUUGUGGACGUUGUGGAACGUGGCGUCAAGCCGAGAUGUUCGUUGGAGGAAGGGCUUAGGGCGUUGGUGGUUGUGCAGGCGGCUAAGAGGGCGUUGGAGACGGGCGAGACGGUGGAUGUGGAUUUUAACCUUCUGGACCAGCUGGAAUGA